AUGGGCAAAAUAAUAAAACCACCUUCUACAGGAAGAACAGCAGAUUUCCGUACUCUUGAAAGAGAGUCCAGAUUUAUAAAUCCUCCAAAGGAUAAAUCUGCUUAUCCGUUACUUCAGGAAGCUGUUCAACCUCAUAUUGGUUCUUUUAAUGCAUUGACUGAAGGCUCUGAUGGUGGAUUAUUAAGUGAAGCUAUUAAAGAUAUUGGUGAAAAGGUUAUCUUUGAUGGUAAAUCCAAUGGUGCUGAUGAAGAAAAUAUCAAUGAAGGUUAUUUGGGAAAUAAGUUAUCCAUUAGCAUCGAACAAGUUUCUAUUGCUAAACCAACUUCAAAUGAUGGUGUCUCAUCUGCUGUUGAAAGAAAAUUUUAUCCUAGUGAAGCAAGACAAAGAUUAACUUCAUAUAGAGGUAAAUUACUAAUGAAAUUAAAAUGGUCUGUGAACGAUGGUGAAGAAGUAUUAACGGACAUGAGAGAUGGUGGUGGUUUGCCUAUUAUGUUACAAAGUAAUAGAUGUCACUUAAAUAAAUUAUCGCCAUAUGAUUUGGUUCAACGUAAAGAAGAAUCAGAUGAAUUAGGUGGUUACUUCAUUGUUAACGGUAUUGAAAAACUUAUCAGAAUGUUGAUUGUUCAACGUAGAAACCAUCCUAUGGCUAUUAUCAGACCUUCUUUUGCUAAUAGAGGUGCUUCAUACACUCAGUAUGGUAUUCAAAUAAGAUCAGUCAGAAAUGAUCAAACAUCUCAAACUAACGUUUUACAUUAUUUGAAUGAUGGUCAAGUUACUUUCAGAUUCUCUUGGAGAAAAAACGAAUAUUUGAUUCCUGCUGUUAUGAUUUUGAAGGCAUUGUGUGAUACAAGUGACAGAGAAAUUUUUGACGGGAUCAUUGGUAGUGAUAUUAAGAAUUCUUUCUUAACUGAUCGUUUAGAAUUGUUAUUACGUGGUUUCAAGAAGAGAUAUCCACAAUUGCAAAACCGUACUCAAGUUCUUCAAUACAUUGGUGAUAAAUUUCGUGUUGUAUUCCAAGCUUCUCCAGAUAAAUCAGAUUAUGAUGUUGGUCAAGAAGUUUUGAAUCGUAUUGUUCUAGUACACUUAGGUACUGGUAACAACGAAGACAAAUCUAGAAUGUUAAUGUUCAUGAUCAGAAAAUUAUAUUCUUUGGUCGCAGGUGAAUGUUGCCCAGACAAUCCAGAUGCCACUCAACAUCAAGAAGUGUUGUUAGGUGGUUUCCUAUACGGUAUGAUCUUGAAGGAAAAGAUGGAUGAAUAUUUACAAAGCAUUAUUGCCCAAAUCAGAGCUGACAUUAAUCGUGGUAUGGCUAUAAAUUUCAAGGACCGUAAAUACAUGAGCAGAGUUUUAAUGAGGGUUAACGAAAAUAUUGGUUCUAAGUUACAAUACUUUUUGUCUACUGGUAACCUAGUUUCACAGUCAGGUUUAGAUUUACAACAAGUUUCAGGUUAUACAGUUGUUGCUGAAAAGAUUAAUUUCUAUCGUUUCAUUUCACAUUUCAGAAUGGUUCACAGAGGUUCGUUUUUCGCUCAAUUGAAAACUACUACUGUCAGAAAAUUGUUACCAGAAUCAUGGGGUUUCUUGUGUCCUGUCCAUACACCAGAUGGUUCCCCGUGUGGUCUGUUGAAUCAUUUUGCCCAUAAAUGUCGUAUUUCAACAAUUCAAUCUGAUGUUUCUAAAAUUCCAGAAUUAUUGUACUCAUUAGGUGUAACCCCAGCUUCUCAAACAGUUGCUGCAGGUCCUUCCCUAUGUUGUGUUCAAUUAGAUGGUAAAAUUGUCGGUUGGGUCUCUCAUGAUGAAGGUAAAAUCGUCGCAGAUACUUUGAGAUUCUGGAAGGUUGAAGGUAAGACUCCAGGUUUACCGUUAGAUUUGGAAAUUGGUUACGUUCCACCAUCUUCUAGUGGUCAAUAUCCAGGUUUGUAUAUCUUUGGUGGUCAUUCAAGAAUGAUGCGUCCAGUUCGAUACUUGCCUCUAGGUAAAGAAGAUAUUGUUGGUCCAUUCGAACAGGUUUACAUGAACAUUGCGGUCACUCCACAAGAAAUCGAAAACAAUAUUCACAGCCAUGUUGAAUUCACUCCAACUAACAUUCUGUCUAUUUUGGCUAACUUGACACCUUUCUCAGAUUUCAACCAAUCCCCAAGAAAUAUGUACCAAUGUCAGAUGGGUAAACAAACUAUGGGUACCCCUGGUGUUGCGUUGUGUCACCGUUCAGAUAACAAAUUAUAUAGACUACAAUCUGGUCAAACUCCUAUUGUUAAAGCUAACCUAUAUGAUGAUUAUGGUAUGGAUAACUUUCCUAAUGGUACCAACGCAGUUGUUGCCGUUAUUUCCUAUACUGGUUACGAUAUGGAUGACGCGAUGAUAAUUAAUAAAUCUGCAGAUGAAAGAGGCUUCGGUUAUGGUACAAUGUAUAAAGUUGAAAAGGUUGAUUUAUCAAUGAACAGAAGUCGUGGUGACCCAAUUACUCAACAUUUCGGAUUUGGUCCAGAUGAAUGGCCAAAGGAAUGGUUAGAAAAGUUGGAUGAAGAUGGUUUACCAUAUAUUGGUACUUAUGUUGAAGAAGGUGACCCAAUUUGUGCAUACUUUGAUGAUACAUUGAAUAAAACUAAGAUUAAAACCUACCAUUCAUCAGAACCAGCAUAUAUUGAAGAAGUUAAUUUAAUUGGUGAUGAGUCUAACAAGUUUCAAGAACUACAAACUGUGUCUAUUAAAUACCGUAUUAGAAGAACUCCACAAAUCGGUGACAAAUUUUCUUCAAGACACGGUCAAAAAGGUGUUUGUUCAAGAAAAUGGCCAACUAUUGAUAUGCCAUUUAGUGAAACUGGUAUUCAACCUGAUGUCAUCAUUAACCCACACGCUUUCCCAUCUCGUAUGACCAUCGGUAUGUUCGUUGAAUCUUUGGCUGGUAAAGCAGGUGCUUUACAUGGUACCGCUCAUGAUGCUACUCCAUGGACCUUCGACGAAAGUGAUACUCCAGCUGAUUAUUUCGGUGACCAAUUAUUGAAGGCCGGUUACAACUAUCAUGGUAAUGAACCAAUGUAUUCUGGUGCUACCGGUGAAGAAUUGAGAGCUGAUAUCUACAUCGGUGUUGUUUAUUAUCAAAGAUUGCGUCACAUGGUUAACGAUAAGUUCCAAGUACGUUCUACAGGUCCAGUCAACAGUUUAACAAUGCAACCUGUCAAAGGUAGAAAAAGACAUGGUGGUAUUCGUGUUGGUGAAAUGGAAAGAGAUGCAUUGAUUGGUCAUGGUACAUCUUUCUUAUUACAAGAUCGUUUGUUAAACUGUUCUGAUUACACCCAAACUGCAGUUUGUCGUGAGUGUGGUUCUAUCUUAACUACACAACAAAGUGUACCGAAAAUUGGUUCGGUAUCAACCGUCCGUUGUCGUCGUUGUGCAAUUGAUUUUGAUGAAGCAAAGAAAUCUUUAUCUAAAUACCAAACUGAUGAUGAAAAGAUAUACAUUGAUGAUUCAGAGAUUUGGGAAGAUGGUCAAGGUAAUAAAUUUGUUGGUGGUGGUGAAACUACUACAGUUGCAAUUCCAUUCGUUUUGAAGUACUUAGAUUCUGAAUUGAAUGCUAUGGGUAUUAGAAUGCGCUAUAAUGUAACACCAAAAUAA